UGCGUUUUUUUUUCUUUUAAUAUCAAAGUUCAGUAAUUUAGCUUAUUUAAUGAAUUGAUUGAUUGAUUAAUCUCGCCUUUUCCUUUGAUCUCCACAUCCUCUUUAUAAAAUAAAGGGAUGCAGAAUAGAGACCGGAUAAAAUGGUACGAUUGGAGAAAUUGCGUUUACGAGUCGUGUGAAGGACGAUAUAAUAGUAUUUAAGGUUCGAGUGGUGGUUCGUGCGGUUUGUCUUGAAGCAGAUGCUGAGGCGGCGGAUGGGGUGAGUGUGGCCGGAGCGGAGCGCUCCUAAAGCGGGCUGCUCCUGAGGGAGGGUCCGCUGCAGCUGGAGCACUCAGCGGGAAUAAUGCAGGACGCGGCGGACGGAGAGGAGCCCAUUCUGGCUGGGACUGCCAGGGAAGAGCAGCGUCCAGUGAAGCAGUCCCUGGCUAGCUCUCUGUGUCGGGAAUCACAUUGGAAGUGUCUUCUUCUCACGCUACUUAUGUAUGGAUGUUUUGGCACGCUGACCUGGUGUGGAUUAUGCAAGGUUCCCGUCCUCACAGUCCCCGUAGAGCUUGCAGCUACGGUAUUGGAAAAUGAAGAGCAGUCUACAACUUCAGCUGCUAUUAACACCUACAGCCCUGACGAGUUGGCUCUGGACAGCCCUUGCUCAAGCGGCUAUGUCUACAUUCCCUUGGCCUUUCUGGCCAUGCUAUAUGUGGUCUACUUGGUGGAGUGCUGGCACUGCUACUCCAAGACUGCUAUGCUGGCUCAAGCAGAGGUUGCGGAAGUGUACGAGCGUGUGCAGAGACUUCAGCAGGCUACGCCAUGCAUCUGGUGGAAGGCCAUCAGCUACCAUUAUGUGCGUAGGACCAGACAGGUAACACGCUACCGCAAUGGAGAUGCUUAUACCACCACACAGGUGUACCAUGAAAGGGUCAACACGCAUGCAUCGAGUUCAGAGUUUGACUAUGCCAGGCUGGGUGUAAAAGAUGUCUCAAAGGAGCUAAGGGGCCUCAUGGAGCAUCCGGCAGUACGUCUACGCUUUACAAAAUGCUUUAGUUUCUCCAGUGCCCGAGCAGAGGCUGCCUACCUCACACAACGUGCACGGUUCUUUGGGGAAAACGAAGGCCUAGAUGACUACAUGGAGGCACGGGAGGGAAUGCACCUGAAAAAUGUAGACUUCCGUGAACAUAUGCUGGCCUUCCCUGACCCUGCACGGCAGCCCUGGUACGCACGCCGGAGGGUGUUCUGGCUUGCCUCAGCUUUGCUGCUGUCAUGGCCGCUUCGGGUUGUGGCAGAAUAUCGCACCGCAUAUGUGCAUUACCAUGUAGAAAAGCUGUUUGGUGAUGAAGAUGACAGCAGCAGAGGAGAUGGAAGCGAGAAUGGAGGGAUCAAUGAGAAUGUAAAUGGACCUGGAGGAGGAGGCAUGGGAUCGAGCUACCGUGCCAUUUCCCGGGUUAACACUGUUGACAUGACGGAACUUGAGUGGCACAUUCGCUGCAAUCAGCAGAUGGUUCCCAGCUAUUCUGAAGCACUGCUGAUGGAUCCUGGCUCAGAUGGUAACCAAGGCACUAACCCCCCUCCGGCUGGGGCAAACUCCAAUAUGGGAGGUCCUACGUUGCCUGUGGCCUUUGCCUCAGCCUACCUGCUCCAGAGUUGCCCUCGCUGUCGCCGAUCUACUAGCAGCAUGUCACUCCCUUCCAGGCUGAGAGGACCAACAGCUGCCUUGCUGACUGGUACUGUCGCUGGGAUGAGGGCUAGCGGAGCAGGAGGUGUUGCUGGAGGUCCAGGCAGGCUUGUUCUGAGCAGGAGUGGUUUUUCAUUGGGUCGUCUCCAAGCCACACGUCCCACAUCUCUGUUCCAUUCCCGCAGUGUGGGUGGAGGUCUAGGAGGAAGAGGAGAGGAGGGGAGUGGUGCAGGAGGUGGAGGUGGAGGGUUUCUUGGUUUGGGCUCAAGACAGGAUGAGGAGAGCAGAGGGGUGCUAGAGGGAGAAGGGGAGGAGGAAGAAGGAGAGGGAAAUGAGGAGGCUGGGGAGGUGGAGAGAGAAAGACAAGAAGCAGAAGCAGAGCAGCCAGAAGAUAGCAACAGAGAGGAAGGGAGAGAGGGUGAAAGGGAUCGACCUCCUGCAUAUCAGGAUGCUUUUUUCUUCCCCGUGUUAAUAGUGCAUGGAGAGGAGAGUUGUCACUCAGGAGAGGACAUCUCUUAAACAACAGGAACGACUCGCCAAAAAGUAGAAAAAGGGAGGAUAACUAUAUAAAGAUAGCAGUAGCACUGUUUUACAAAUGAGGGAUAAAGGACAGUAGGAGCUUAUAGCCUUGAUUGUCAUGUAGGAAAGCUAUGUAAAGUAGAUUGGAAAAUAUGACUCAUUAUAUCUAUGCAAGAUUGAGAGAAGUCAGGUAAAAUAAAUGACGGAUACUCGAGGUUCUUUCUUCAUUUGUCAUAUUCCAAAAGGAAGUAUAUUACAGAAGGAUGAAGACCAAGAAAGAAAGAAAGAAACAAAUAAAUAAAAUCUCUCUGUACAUUUUCCAAAGUAAAUACAUCAAAGAAGUCAUAGAUCAUGCUACAAUCAUUUCUAUUUCUGGUUUUCCAGGAUCAUGUAACUACAAUAACAGACAUACUGUAUAAUCUUCAGGUGCAACAGAAUCGCCAUAACUGCAGCCUUGGAACCCAAAUGGAUCACAGUCUUCUGUAAGACACCCCACUUGUGCAUGUAACUUAACGUUACCUCAGCCAAUGUGCUAACAACAGACUUGCAAUGACCGUGUUUUCCAUUUUUCAGCAAUGGAAGCACCAUAACCCUGUUUUCUGACCUCCAUCUACCUAUCCAGCUUAGUCUGGUCUUAGCACCCUCACCUUCUCUAGCUUUGCAUGCUGUUUGCUUAGGCUUGUUCAGAGCAAGUUGAUUUUGGGAGGUAGUGAUCUUUUGAACAUGUUUUGGAGCUUUGGCUCCUUUAGGAAGGAGUGGUUCAUCUCUGUUGUACAGUUUGGACCAUGACUUCUUCUUUAAAAUAAGACAGUUAUAUUCUGGACAUUAAAUGGUCCAGUACUUAGUUGAUAUAAGAAGCAUAAUAAUGUGUAGAGUGUUCUCUAUACUGGAAGCUUUAUUACAUCACUUUGUUAAAGUGAAGCACAUUAUGUUUUGGGUACAUUUGCUAUAUUAGUAAAUUUAUUUGUUCUGUAGUGUAUCACCAGUUUUGCCUCAUGAAGUGCUUUGCUCAGCUACUAUGCCUCACGUAGACACCUUGUUUUAUGGUGCAACCAUACAACACAUUGCCUUCCAUCAUAGUCUCUGUAUUUGUCUCUCAUAUUGUGACACACGAGCAUGAACCAGCUAAUCAUUAAUGAAAAUGGUUAGUGUGCCAAGAAACACUCACUGAUUGCUAAUAAUCGUACAUAUCAGUGGCCACAGUCGAUACCCAUUUUGUAUAUAGGACACACUUUUCCCAAACAAUUUUUUUAUUUUUGCACAAAUGCUCAUAAAGCCAUAUUUCCAGUCACUCAGUCAUACAUGCUAUAUUUGUUUUGAGUGUUUUUUAUGUUCGUAUGUAUAUUUCUGUAUUUAGUGCUUAUCGAACUCAGACCAAUACUACAGUUGCAAUAUGCCACUUCUCAAGCUCUGUUGUUUAUCAUAGGAUAAGCAAAAUUAUUCUAUCCGCAUUCACUGGAUAUGAGCAGUCGUGCGCUCUGAUUGGCUACUCUGCUACUAGGAUAUCAGCUCAUAUACCGUAAGUAGAGAAAAACAAAAUGGCGGAGCGUGUUGCUGAACCAACUGAUGACAAAAUAAAAACUCUACUCGAAAACAAAACCCCAAAAUUAUCAUCAAGUAUUCAAAAGAAACAUCCAUCCAUUAUCCAUAACUGCUUAUCCUAUGCAGGGUCACGGUCAAGCUGGAGCCUAUCCCAGCUGACUAUGGGUGAGAGGUGGAGUACACCCUGGACAAGUCUCCAGAUCAUCGCAGGUCAAAAGAAACAGAAAUAGCUAAAAUAAUUUUUUUCCCUUUUCCCCAAUAUUUCCUGUUCCACACUCCAGCCCAGUUGGUGGCGGUAACGUACCUUUAAGUUGGUUUGCCAACCGCCAAAAAAGCCUGAAGAAGAAAACCCCCGAAAAUAAAAAUAAAACAACAAAAAAUAUGGAAUAAAAGCAUUUGAUGGUAAGAAUGUAUCUUUUUUAUUUUUCAAGAAUUAUUAUUAUAAAAUUUUUCACAAAUUGCUACUGUCAUUUCUCCAGUUUGUUUACAUUCUAAGCAGAAAUGAUUUUGUCAGACAUUUUGUAUAAAGUUUUCUCAUCUCAUUAUCUCUAGCCGCUUUAUCCUGUUCUACAGGGUCGCAGGCAAGCUGGAGCCUAUCCCAGCUGACUACGGGCGAAAGGCGGGGUACACCCUGGACAAGUCACCAGGUCAUCACAGGGCUGACACAUAGACAACCAUUCACACUCAUAUUCACACCUACGGUCAAUUUAGAGUCACCAGUUAACCUAACCUGCAUGUCUUUGGACUGUGGGGGAAACCGGAGCACCCGGAGGAAACCCACGGGGAGAACAUGCAAACUCCACACAGAAAGGCCCUCGCCGGCCACGGGGCUCGAACCCAGACCUUCUAGCUGUGAGGCGACAGUGCUAACCACUACACCACUGUGCCGCCCGUAUAAAAUUUUUAUUUAUCAAAUUUGCAAAAAAUAAAAAUGCUCUGUUUCUCAAAAUCCAGUGAAUGUGGAUAGAAUAAAACAGUUAUUCUACUCAAUCUCGUCAUACAUGGCUUAUAGCCAACUCGGUGCUAUGCGCUUCAUCGGCUAUCAGCUCGUACGACUCGAUUUCGUGGAAUAACUGUUAAAUAUUUGGCAGUUUCACAAGUUUCUCAAGUUUUCUCACUCCACUGAUAGCUAGAUGUUCAAAUACAUCCACUCAUUGAGUUAGUCAUGUGAAUGGAUAUGCUGUCAUUUUUAAAACAUGUAGACUAGGCAGACUUCCUAGUGGCACUCAUAGGACACCAUGUUUGGAGAAAAUCAAAAGAGGGAAAAAAUGUUCAGGCAGUCUUGUCAGAAUGUUCUGUGUUACAUCGUGAAUGUUGACUACCAUUGAUGUUUUAAUGAGAAAUCACAGUGAGAAGGUAUGUCACAAGCAUUUAGAUGAGACAUUUUACUCCACACAUGUAAAGGCUUUAAACUACAGCCACACUUUACAAGUCUAGACUUAACUAAACUUGAGUUGACUACUUAACAUUCCAGUGCAGGCAACAGCUGAUUGUUGUGUGUUUGUGAAGUUGAUAUGCAAGAGUCAGGAAACAGUGUGUGUUUAUGUAUGUAGAUGUUUAAAAGAACUGUGUGAAGAUGUUCAAUUUCUAUUCCAUUUCAAGGCUUACAGGGGGAAACAAAACAUUGAAGCAGUAAAUCGAACAGCUUCAGUUGCUUCCAAAACUGUGCGUAGUCCAGCAGAAACAAAAGUUUUCACUCUGGGAGAAUGUGUUUUUGUUGUCGUUGUUGUUUGUUUUACACUGUUAGUGAUUGUGCAGUAGGAUUCAUCUGGAAUGAAUGGAUAAGCUAUACAGUAUCCCUUUAAAGUAACUAAACUCAAAUAGCAAGUGAAUAGCUACUUUAAAACCUCAAACAUCAUACAGUGAUGCAAAUUGUUCUAUUGUAGCAAAGAUUUGAUAGGUAUCAGUCAGGGAAAUGAUGAUGAUGAUAAUGAUGAUGAUAACCGAUA